CUGAUCCCGUCCGGAAGUACCGGUUAUGGGCGGUAACUCUUCCACGUUGACGGUUGAUGUCAAUAAAAAGCCAAUCGUAUACACGUUUAGAAAUAUUUAUAUGGCAAAAGAUAAAACGUUGUGUGAACAAAUAAACUAAUUUUGUUUAUCUUUGUAUUUAAACCCUUUUAUUUCCCUAAUUGAAUUCAAAUCAGUUUAAUUUUAAACAAGAACAUGAAUUGGAGGAGAAAUGUUGUUUUGACAGUUUGUCAGCUUGCAGUUUUUCUGAUGUUUUUUGGGUUGGCGUUCGCUGAAGAUAAGAAGGAACACUCAGAAGACUCAGAAAAGGAGGCAGUAAGAAUUCAUAAACAUGAGGAAUCAUCUAAAGAAGACACUUACAUAUCAUAUGUUAAAUACAAAGUGGCGCACUCGGAGUUCCUGCACGGAUUCAUUGCCUCCCUGUCCAUGAUCAUAGUGUCGGAGCUGGGAGACAAAACUUUCUUCAUAGCAGCCAUUAUGGCGAUGCGUCACUCUCGUGCCACGGUCCUCGCUGGCGCACUGGGAGCUCUGGUUGUCAUGACAUUCUUAUCAGCUAUGCUGGGCUUUGCGACUACUAUAAUUCCACGAAAAGUGACCCAUUAUGCAUCAUCCAUAUUAUUUGCUGUGUUUGGACUGAAAAUGCUUAAGGAUGGCUGGUAUAUGUCCCCUGAUGAAGCCCAAGAGGAAUAUAAGGAAGUCCAAGAAGAACUGAAGAAAAAGGAGGACGAGAGAUUAACAGGCACUCAGGAUAUAGAGACGGGCAUUAUACGAGGCCCCAAAAGGAACAUCCUGAACCUGAUAUUCAGUGCAAUAUUCAUAGAGGCCUUUGUGCUAACCUUCCUGGCAGAGUGGGGAGACAGAUCUCAGAUAGCCACCAUCAUACUGGCAGCCAGAGAGGAUGUGUAUGGUGUGAUGCUGGGAGGAUUCCUCGGACACGCCAUGUGUACCGGCCUGGCCGUGCUAGCUGGACGUAUCGUGGCAGCAAAAAUAUCAGCCAGAACAGUGACAUUGUCAGGCGGAGUGGUGUUCCUGUUAUUUGCUCUAACAGCGGUCAUGCUGGGUCCUGAAUAGGGUGCGCUAGACUGGCAUCUCCCUAUCAUGUUCCACGCAAGCUCCAUUAUAAUUAUUGGGUAGAAAUAAGUCGAAACAAUUUGUAAUGGGAAGGGAAGUUUUCAAAUGUGAAUGAAUACCUUGGAUAUCAUAAUCUGAAAAAACAAAUGUGACAUGUGAAUAUUCACAAUGAAAUUUGAAGAACCACCUUCACAUUCCUAGUAUUAAGUAUAAAGAGAUCUCAGCGCAGGUCAGCUGUUAUCACUUUCUGGAAAUUCAACUUGAAGUGAACUGAUAUAUGACACCAUUAUGAUGUCCAAAAUAUCUUUUAAGUAAUCUGUCCGUUAAGAAUUAAACUAAGACAAUCUGAAAAUUAUACUUUGAACUUUUCAUCACUUGAUACCAUUUUAUGAUUUAGUGUAAUAGGCUGCUUAAAAAAAUGUUAAUUAAACAGAUUUUUUUUCUUUAAUUUUAAGGUGAUUACUUUGAUUAAGCCAUCUUAUUGAGAUUUUCUUAAGUUUGUUCUAAUUUAAUGAAAAGUGAAUACGAAUCUCAUUUUGAAUUAAAUACAUAACAUUAAAUACAUAACCUAGCACAGCUUCAGUAAACCUUGGUAUGCUUGGAAUUAUUUUCAAUUUAUGGACUUACUACCAGAUUUUUUAAUGUAAAAUAGUGAUUUAGCAUAGAUGCCAAUUUUUAAAUUUGAAAUACUCUUAAUUUUUUUUACAUGAGGUUCACAACAUCUUUUUUUCUUCUUUUUUUAAAUGUUAUUUUGCUUUUUAACCAUAAGAUAUUUUAUAUGAAGUCUUACUGGGGAAUUUAAUUUAUUGCAUGAAUACAUAUUUCUCAUGAUCAAAAAAGAUAUUACUUCACAGUACACACGUACUUUUGUUGUUUGUUCUAUUGUAUUUUUACAGUUCAUUUUCAUAGGUAGAAAAUGUUUUCCAAGUGUGUCUUUCUGUGCAGCAGCUGUUGCUUUAUGAUGAAGUGAUGUAGAUAUGGAAUCACAUAAUCAAAAGAAGCAUCUGUUCUUACAAUCCUUUAAAGAUGAAUAAAAAUCGUAUGAAAUAAUCGGUUUCUAGGUUGUUUGGUAAGAUAGUUUCUCAGGAAUUUCAGAAUGGUUUUGAUUCAAACUGAAAACAUGUAUAGAAAAAUGGUAAUGCAUAAAAUCUUGAGAACGAAUGGAGGAAUUGUAAUAGGAGCAUAUAUACAUUAUAUGACAACUUCAUUUUAGUUUGCAUAUGAUGCACAAUCAAUCAAUUGCACUGUUAGUAAAUAUUAGAAUAAUUACUGAUCAAAAUACAGGCUUCAUUUAGACCUUGUAUGAUAUUCUUGAAAUUUGAAAAAACAAAAACACUAUAUUAACAUGAUAGAAUAAAGUACCUGGGAGACAAACAGUUUAGUUAAAAAAAGCCAUAAACUUGGACAAGAACAGAAUAAGUAGAGCGCGCUGUCCUCCAAUAGCUUUUGUUUAUUGACUUAUUCUGUACUUUUAUUUGCCAAACUUUAGCCUGACUUUCCGAAACUUAAUUUUAUUCUCAGCGCUGUAUAAAUAAAUCUGAACCUACUUAUAGAAUACUUAAUGUUCUACUACUCUUUGUAAUAACAAGGUAUUAUUAGUUACACUGUUAAUAACUGAUGGUGUAUGGGAUAUCCACCCUCAGUAAUUUCAUACCAUACGAGAGCGAAGCUUGAGUAUGAAAGUACUGAGGGUGUAUAUCCCAUACACAUUCAGUUACUAACUGUGUAACGAUUAUAUCUCAACCAACUACUCGAUUACUUGGGGUGUAUGAAAAAUACGCCAUGGGCACGUGACCACUCUAAGCCAAUCCCCGGUAGGUCAUUUUUAUAGGAGGUAAGAUGGACAUCAGUUUCCUAAUUUGAUCAAACUGUCCAUAUAUCUUCAGUCUUCACGCUAAAUAUUUUAGCCAAAUAGCCCUUCGGGCUAAUAUGAUGGAAUUUUGAAUGGCCCGAAGACAUGUUCAAUAGCCCGAGGAGGUCAAUUUAAAUUUUAUGACUUUUUUGGCCAGGAACACCAAAAUAGUUAUUAACAAUCAGAAAAUCUACUUCCAUUAGUAAAAACAGAUGCAUGUGAUUACAGUAAUAAAGGGUAUAAUGUUUCCUUUUGAAAUGCAUUUUAUACAAAAUGCACCAGAUAAUUAUGUUGUUUAUUGUAACUUUAUUAUUACACAUGUUCUCAUUCAAUGAUUCCAUUAAUCAGUUUGACCGGUGUUUUGUUUUAUUUUAAAGCGAAUUAUUAUCAUGUUUAAAAAAUAUCCGAAAAACUUCAAAAAUACAUCAGCCUAUUAAAAUAACAGAUUAUUAUCGUAUUAUUACUAGGACAAUCGCCGGUGAAUUUCUGAAUUGUCGGCAUGUGACUUCAGAACAAAAGGCCACUGGGUGUGUUAAUUGCCCAAUCUACAAGUGACAAUGUCUGCUUCUUUAAUUUACUCCCGAUGUUUUGAUAAGCAUGUGUCAACCGUGAAAAGUAUUGUAUAUUCGUAAACAGAUUAUAAGUAGCAAAAUAGGUCACGUAGCAGAACGAGAUUACAGAAUAAACGAAAGUACUACAAUUAUUAAUAAUACAUUAAAAAAACUUAUUCUAAUGCGCAAAAAUAAUUGAUUAAAACACAUGGAAACCUACCUGUAAUAAGUAUCAAUUUGUUUUAACCCAAUGCGUACAAUAUCCCUUACAGACUCUUUAAUUUUUAUUGAAAAAAUUACUUGUCCAUUUUUCAUGAAUUAUAAAUACAUUUUCGGAAAACGCUUCUCAAAUUAAAUACGCUUCUAGAUUGGUCAUUAUUUUAAAACAUUACGAAGUGCCCGAUGCGCGAACAUCCCGGAACGUGAUCUACACAUGUUCAGUUUGAAUAACCUCAUCUUGGUUGGGCGUCAAUUGCAUCAUUACUUUAAAUAGCAACAUACCCGGAUGCUUACACGACAGUUUAGAAAAAUGGCGGCCGCAUGCUUUAAAACGUCAUUUUAGGCAUUUAAAUAGCAAAUUUAAACGUGCUUCUUAAAAACGCGUAUAAAUCAGGUUAUUGAUACUCGGGCUUCGGGCUUAUAGGCUAAUUCGAAGACUGUAUCUUAUAGAUUUAUUUCUGAACAUGUUUUGUAUUCCUUUAGAUCCUUUGAAAUCGAACUUUAACACCAGUUUUGUUGCUUUAGUAGUAAUUUUUACCCAGUAUUCAUGUGUUGAAAUAUACACGGUGUAACAGAUUGGUGAUAUGUUAAAUUCUUUUUCCAUGUUUAGGAUUUUCAUGGCAUUUUUACUACAGAGGUGUAACAGUACAUCUUAUCGGCUUAAAUAAACAAUUACCGUGACACGGAUUUGUCCCUGAAAGACCAAUAGAUUAACCACUUUUACCUCCUAGUGGUCGCUUAAUUCAAGAUUCGGACAUCGAAAUACACAAAAAUCAGCGGUCGCUGGUCGUGUAAGACAAAAGUUGCUUAAUACAAUAUCAUUAUAUAGCGAAAAACAACAUUUAUUCCUUUCCUGAUUCCAAUGUACAACUAGAAAUGGCGCGGCAGAGGCCGACGCGUAUCCCCACGCCGAAUGUUUGACCUAGGUGUGCCCCAGGGUUGGCAAUGGGGCCAUGCAUAGCUGAGAUUGACCGUAUUGUCAUAAGAGAAGUUCAGUAUCAAUUAGAAGUGAAUUGGUGUAGAAAUGAAGAAGUUAUAGUAAAAGGCAAUUUUGGGUGGGUGUGGUCUAUGUGGGCGGGGCCCCAGGGUUGGUAAUGGGGCCAUGCAUAGUUGAGAUUGACCGUAUUGUCAUAAGAGAGGUUCAGUAUCAAUUUGAAGUGAAUCGGUGUAGAAAUGAAGAAAUUAUAGUAAAAGACAAUUUUGGGUGGGUGUGGUCUAUGUGGGCGGGGCGCCCCAGGGUUAGUAAUGGGGCCAUGCAUAGUUGAGAUUGACUGUAUUGUCAUAAGAGAAGUUCAAUAUCAAUUUGAAGUGAAUCGGUGUAGAAAUGAAGAAAUUAUAGUAAAGGCAAUUUUGGGUGGGUGUGGUCUAUGUGGGCGGGGCCCCAGGGUUGGUUAUGGGGCCAUGCAUAGUUGAGAUUGACCCUAAUGUCAUAAGAGAAGUUCAGUAUCAAUUUGAAGUGAAUCCGUGUAGAAAUGAAAAAAAUAUAGUAAAUGGAAUUUUUUGGUGGGUGUGGCCUAUGUGGGCGGGCGCCCCAGGGUUGGGAUUGGGGCCAUGCAUAGUUGAGAUUGACCCUAAUGUCAUAACAAAAGUUCAGUAUCAAUUUGAAGUGAAUCCGUGUAGAAAUGAAAAAAUUAUAGUAAAUGGAAAUUUUUGGUGGGUGUGGCCUAUGUGGGCGGGGCGCCCCAGGGUUGGGAAUGGGGCCAUGCAUGGUUGAGAUUGACCGUAUUGUCAUAAGAGAGGUCCAGUAUCAAUUUGAAGUGAAUCGGUGUAGAAAUAAAGAAGUAAAUGUAAAAUAACCUAAAAAAAUGAGUGAUAAUUUCUGACGCGGCCCCACCCCAACCGCUAUAACUUUUGACCCAGGGGUCAGAUCAAAAUUCCAAAUAGUGCAGGGUCGCACAUAUGCUCAUAGCUACCAUGUGUGUAAGUUUCAAGGUUCUAGUGCUUUUAGUGUAGGAGGAGAUAGUGGCCAGGACGGACGGACAGACAGACGGACGGACGGCGGAGAUAACCACAAUAUCCCCACCUUUUUUUCAAAAAGCGUGGGGAUAAUUUAUCAAAAUUUCUUUAUCGUUUUUAUUGAUCACUUUUAGACAGGACAAUUAGAUUUUAAGUACGAAAAAAAACAACAUUAUGAACAUAGAUUUUCUUUUGCCUUGUUUUAAACUGCUAGUAAAACUUUUAUAAGUGAAUAUCCAUUAGAUGCUUUUGCAACAUACAUAUCUACUGUUUAAACAAUUGUUACAUGUAUUAGGUUGGUGUUUGUAUAAUAUUGCUAGAUAAUGGUCCCAAGCAUUCCACACUGCUUACAAUUCGUUAUGUCUCUGUCACAGAUAUUGAUGCUUUUGGCCGAGGUAUAGUGUUACUGUAGGUACCUAUUUUUGUAUCUAAAUGACAGCUAUUUUAAUAAAGUUGAAUCAAUGUACUGUUACUGGGUAAGGGGUGAUGAGGGGUACAGGGAUGUUAUUAGGAAUAUUUUAUACAAACCUAAAAAACAGUGCAUAUGCAUAUAUCGUCGCUGCCGUUCUCAAACCUCGUAGCUACAAAACGCCAACUUUUCAGGAGAGAGAAAAACCGUCUCAUUUUUUUGUAACGAUGUUUUAGAAAUUGAAAUUCUGUAAAAAUACCAAACAAAUGAAGCUGCAAAAUACAGUAUAAGCCGUAGACGGGUAAGUCAUAAUGAUAAGUCAUACUGACAGUCAGACAUGGUAGCUACGAUAUUUUGUCACCACAGUUUUGUCAUUUUUAUGAGGUACGACAAUUCGUCCUAAUAGGAAACCUCGUAGUUGCAAAUUAUUUUUUUUUAUAAAAACGUUUUUGUCAAAUUUGUCCAAACGAAACGACGUACCUCAUAGGUGAAAUGGCGUCGCUACAACUUUUCGCCGGGAAAAAAGCCAACAAUCAUUCUACAACAUUUCGUCACGUAGCUUUUUCAAGGGCUCUGAUUAGCGUAGAGCUACGAGAUAUAGCACAAAACACGCGCCAGACUUAAUAUAUUCGGAAAAGACGAAAAAAAUAUUUUGAAAAUUUUGGAGCUACGAGGUUUGAGAACGACAGCGACGAUAUGUUAUAAACGUUUCCCUGUAAAAUUGUUUGAAAACUUCUAUACUUUUGGUGAUUCAAGGUAAUUGGUGUACCAUGUUUCAUUAUAGGUAAUUCGAGAAAAUUGGUGUACCAUGUUUGCUUUUACAUCAUUUUCAUGUGAUCUCUUUAGAACAUCAUUUUACAGUGACUGUGACUACGCAUGGUGCUGGAAACUAAACAGGGUUGUUAUUUUGUAAAAACAACUAUUUUGCAAAUAACAGCUGUACUUAAGUGUAUGUUUGUUUUUGUAUGAUGUCUCUCAUAUGGUUUCACAGUGGAGUGUUUGAUAAAAUAAUGUGUAUUUUGGUUUUUAAGAUUUACAGCAUUAAACCUGAACAGACUGCGAGUUACUCGCAGGCUGUUCUGGUUUUAUGCUGUUUACACAUAGCCAUUUUCCUUUUGCUUCUAAGUGGGAAAGGGUUUACUGAUCAACUAAAUUGCUUAAUGGAGGAGUUAUGGAGAAGAAUAGCCAUGUGGUGAAGAGGUUUUCUUUCCUUUGUAUAACAGUUUUUCAACAGAUAUAUUUUUCUGCUAUUAUUGUUCAUUUUAUGCAUGUCUUUUGUUCAUUCUAUUCAUGUAAAGGAAGUAAGUCAUUAUUGGUGAAUUACUUAAAUACUGUGAUUCUGCAGAAUGUAAUUGUACAAAUAAAUAGAGGAUAUUUGUUGGAUUUGGUGAAUUAUCGAUUUUAAUUCACGAGUGAUCAUAGAAAAUAAUAUUUAUUUAUUUAAAUAUAUAUUUUCUAUGAUCACGAGUUAAUAUAAAUCGAUAUUCCACCGAAUCCAACAAUUUUCUUUUAUUUUAUGCUUUUUUUCACAGUUCGUAAACAUUGUUAAAGAAAUUAACUAAAGAAUUUCGCUGGGAUAAUGACGUCAUUUCGUCAAAAAAAUGACGUCAUUUCACAGUAAACAGUGAAAAUUAUCGAUAAUUUUCACUGUUAACUUUCACUGCUUGAAACAGUGAAAUUAUCAAUUUUAAUUCACUGAUAUUUCUCUAUAAACCACCAUAAAGCAUAAAAUAAAUUUACUUUUUGUUCACUGUAUAUUUACAACAUUAAUACAUCUGACUAAGCUGUCUCACUAUUUAGAACGUUUUGGUGGGAUUUAAAUUAUUCCAAUCUUUUAUGUGUCGGAUGUUUUAUGUUUUCCAUUGAUGGAAUGUGUUUGUUUUCUUUGAUUUUAGUAUAACAACAAGAAAUAUAAAGAAAUUAAAUUAUUUAAGAUAAUUGAUCUAGAAAGUGCCGGAAACGAUGACUCUUGUUUGUAUUCACCUACUUAAUUUGAUAAGUAUGACCACUUGUUUAACUGUUGAUGUAGAUUUUUAUCCUGUUUGAAUGUUUGGAAUAUAUUUCUCAUCUUAAAAUGAUUAUUAAUACUGGUACAUGUCAUAUAGAGAAUUUACUUUAAAUAAAAAAGUAGAUGUGUAUAAAACUUUCUUUUUAUGCCCCCGGUAGGGUGGCAUAUAGCAGUUGAACUGUCAGUCCAUCUGUCUGUCUGUCUGUCAGUCUGUGUGUCCGUCUGAAAACUUUAACAAUGGCCAUAACUUUUGCAAUAUUGAAGAUAGCAACUUGAUAUUCGGCAUGUGUAUCUAAUGGAGCUGCACAUUUUAAGUGGUGAAAGGUCAAGGUCAUCCUUCAAGGUCAAAGGUAAAAAAACAAAAAGAGAUACAUGUACAUUUUAUUUAUAUUUUAUAUCAUUUGGCAGGUACAGAUCAUUUCACAAGGAAAGUAAUAUUUUUUAAAGGGAUAUAAUAAUUAUUUUUUUUUUAAUUCAAAGCGGCGCAGUAGAGGGCAUGGUGUUUUUGACAAACACAUCUCUUGUUUAACCUAAAUGUCUUCAAAAAGUAUUUCUUUGCUUCAAAUACUCGAUAUUACCAGUUUAUAUUGUAUUGAUGUUGUUUUUGUGUUUUGACAACAGUCAUGUCACUGCAAUCAUGUGACCAGUGACAUAUUUAUUGAAUUGUUAUACAUGGUAAAAUAAUUGUACAUAGAAUGGUUUGAAGAAAUAAAGGAUACAAUCAUA